GGAGCGAGCUAGACUUCGCCCGCGAGGAGGUGGCUGCUGGGCUCUCCCCCGCGCUGCUGGGCGCUCGGCGCCUUCGCGGCCCCCGGCUCCCGGCUCCCGGUAGCAGCUUCCUCGCGCGCGCGGGGCGCGGGGCCCGGGCUUGCUUCGCCGAAGGGGUCGCUGAACUAACUCCAAGCUGGUGUGCACAGGGUCUGCACAGUGGCCGGCCCGAGAGCUGGAGUCACCAUGGCGGCGGGAGUGGCAGCCUGGCUGCCUUUUGCGCGGGCUGCGGCCAUCGGGUGGAUGCCAGUGGCCAACUGCCCCAUGCCGCUUGCCCCGGCGGACAAGAGCAAGCGGCAGGAUGAGCUGAUCGUGCUCAACGUGAGCGGGCGGAGGUUCCAGACCUGGCGGACCACGCUGGAGCGCUACCCGGACACGCUGCUGGGCAGCACGGAGAAAGAGUUCUUCUUCAACGAGGACACCAAGGAGUACUUCUUCGACCGGGACCCCGAAGUGUUCCGCUGCGUGCUGAACUUCUACCGCACCGGCAAGCUGCACUACCCGCGCUACGAGUGCAUCUCGGCCUACGACGACGAGCUGGCCUUCUACGGCAUCCUGCCCGAGAUCAUCGGGGACUGCUGCUACGAGGAGUACAAGGACCGCAAGCGCGAGAACGCCGAGCGGCUCAUGGACGACAACGACUCGGAGAACAACCAGGAGUCCAUGCCGUCGCUCAGCUUCCGCCAGACCAUGUGGCGCGCCUUCGAGAACCCGCACACCAGCACGCUGGCCUUGGUCUUCUACUACGUGACGGGCUUCUUCAUCGCCGUGUCGGUCAUCACCAACGUGGUGGAGACGGUGCCGUGCGGCACGGUGCCCGGGAGCAAGGAGCUGCCGUGCGGCGAGCGCUACUCCGUGGCCUUCUUCUGCCUGGACACCGCCUGCGUCAUGAUCUUCACCGUGGAGUACCUCCUCCGGCUCUUCGCCGCGCCCAGCCGCUACCGCUUCAUCCGCAGCGUGAUGAGCAUUAUCGAUGUGGUGGCCAUCAUGCCCUACUACAUCGGCCUGGUCAUGACCGACAACGAGGACGUGUCGGGCGCCUUCGUCACGCUCCGGGUCUUCCGCGUCUUCCGCAUCUUCAAGUUCUCGCGACACUCGCAGGGCCUGCGGAUCCUGGGCUACACGCUGAAGAGCUGUGCCUCGGAACUCGGCUUCCUCCUCUUCUCCCUCACCAUGGCCAUCAUCAUCUUUGCCACUGUGAUGUUUUACGCCGAGAAGGGCUCCUCUGCCAGCAAGUUCACGAGCAUCCCGGCCUCCUUUUGGUACACCAUUGUCACCAUGACCACCCUGGGAUAUGGAGACAUGGUACCCAAGACAAUUGCCGGGAAAAUCUUUGGCUCCAUCUGCUCCCUGAGUGGCGUCCUGGUCAUUGCCCUGCCAGUUCCUGUGAUUGUUUCCAACUUCAGCCGGAUUUACCACCAGAACCAGAGAGCCGAUAAACGCAGGGCACAAAAGAAGGCCCGCCUUGCCAGGAUCCGUGUGGCCAAAACAGGCAGCUCCAACGCCUACCUGCACAGCAAGCGCAACGGGCUCCUCAACGAGGCUCUGGAGCUGAUGGGCACCCCGGAAGAGGAAUCCAUGGGCAAGACCACCUCACUCAUCGAGAGCCAGCACCACCACCUGCUGCACUGCCUGGAGAAAACCACUGGGUUGUCCUAUCUUGUGGAUGAUCCCCUGUUGUCUGUUCGAACCUCCACCAUCAAGAACCACGAAUUUAUAGAUGAGCAGAUGUUUGAGCAGAACUGCAUGGAGAGUUCAAUGCAGAACUACCCGUCCACAAGAAGUCCCUCACUGUCCAGCCACCCAGGCCUCACGACCACCUGCUGCUCCCGUCGUAGUAAGAAAACCACGCACCUGCCCAAUUCCAACCUGCCGGCCACUCGCCUGCGCAGCAUGCAAGAGCUCAGCACGAUCCACAUCCAGGGCAGCGAGCAGCCCUCCCUCACCACCAGUCGCUCCAGCCUUAAUUUGAAAGCAGACGACGGACUGAGACCAAACUGCAAAGCAUCCCACAUCACGACAGCCAUCAUCAGCAUCCCUACUCCCCCGGCGCUAACCCCUGAGGGGGAGAGUCGGCCCCCCCCUGCCAGCCCGGGCCCCAACACGAACAUUCCUGCCAUAGCCAGCAAUGUUGUCAAGGUGUCCGCCUUGUAAAACCACGGGACAGAGGGCCAGCGUGGGUAGUGGGAGCCAAGGGGGCUGGCAUGCUGGUGGGUGGCCACUGGGACCACUCCCACCCCCUCUCCCCACUCUUUCCGCCUGCCCUGUUGCACACCGAGCACUGAAACUUGUGCCUGGAAGGAAACAAGGGCAGCAAAGGGGCCCCUGAGGUUCACUGCUGCUGGCGUGCACAAAGUCCUGUGACCCUGCCUCUCGCUGGGGCCGGAGGAAGGGAGGGGGGGUGGGGUAGGGGACAGGUCGGAGGGGGCAGAGGCUACACACCCCUACAGGACCUGCAGGGGGAGCCUCAGACCAAAUCACAAUUGUUUCCGGAGACCCCAGUGAGGAAAGGACAAGACCAAGAGCAGCACAGAGGCCAGAGUUGUCACAUGCAAAACAGGAAGAAAAUAUAACACUGUGUAUUUAAGCACCUUUUCAAGGCUUUUAAUGGAUAAUAUUUAUUCAUGGGAAAAGGUGGAAAAGAAAAACACCAACGGAUUUUUGUGAAACGUUUUUUUCUCCGCGAACCCAAUACCUUUGAACCAAAACAAUGCGUCCUUUUAUGAGGGUUGGUUUUAUUUUUGUUUUGUUUUGUUUUUCUCCUUUUAUAGAGCAAAGCUUUUAGGCUAAGAAGUCAGUGAUUGCUGAGUUCUCUCUCCAUUCCCCCAGGUAGGUGAGGUCAAUUGAAUCUGGGCCCCCACUGCCCAGCUGACCUGCACGGAGCUGCCAAGUGACCACACAGCAACAUUUACCCCGUCUGUCCCUGUCUUUUUUGGUCCCUGUAUCUCUCUGCUUCGCCCCCUGGCUGUUUUUCAGUGUCCAGCCAUCUGUCUCUCCAUGGACCCCAGUGAGCCUGAGACACGCCACCGUCAGGCACCUGCGGGCGUGUGCCUGGGUUCUAUUUGUGGGAAUGCAGGUGUGGAAGAGACAGGAAUGAAGCACAAACAGGCGAGUUUAGGGAGGAGGGAAAGCCCACUUCGUAGACGUAAGUGCCUCCCUCACGGCUGGUGUUGGCAGUUUCCAUUUCCAGGUUGGAAAGGGAAUGACCAGAUUGAUCACACUGGGGUCUUCAAAAAGGAAAUAGCUGACUCUUGGCGUGUGCCAGUGGAGAGGGCAGCAGACCCCGGGGCUCACAGCUGUGUGCCCUCCUUUCCGGAGCUCUGCCAGGAGGCCCGGGGAGCAGUUUCCUGCAGAGAAAGCAAUGGUACUCCGCCGUGCACACCCCGCUUCUGACUUAUCUCACGCCUGAGGCAACUCCCACAUGGAGGCUGAGCUGGCAGGUUGAGCCUGUGCCUCACAAAGGAUGCGCCAGAGUGUGAAAGCAAGUCAGAGAUUCUCCAUGAUUCUUACCUGCUUGGAAGGCAAAAUGCCUUGAGGUCUGAAGAGUCUUCAGGCCUGAUGUCCCUGAAGAUAACUGAAAUGGGGGAGAAGCCUGAUCACCUCCUUGCAAGUGACAGAGUGAAUGUGGUUUCUGGGAACCUGGACAGUAUUUGUGUCCUGGUGGCUUGCACCCUGGUGGGGCUGGGAAACAGCGUUUCUGGAAUCUUAUCCGUUUUCACUGCUUAUAGCAGCUGGGUGGGCCUCGGGGUUCGUGAAAGCCCCUUCCCGCGCUCCCCAAUUGCCAGCUACCCUGUGGCAAUCUCUCUAGCCUGGCCUCUCAGAUACAGGAGCUCGUCAGGGGCUCAUCAUCCAUUCUGCGGUGUAGUGGUUAGCUCUUUAACUGUAGGCCAAGAAUUUUUCUGCCCACCACAGCCAUCCAGACAAGUUUCACUAGCCAGGAACCUGAAAACACCUUCAAUGGGCUUCCCUGCGACCCCAGCUCUACUGACCCCAUCCAUACAAGUGGAAAGGCAAAGCGUUAUGAGGUGGCACCUAACCGACGGUGGGCAGAAGGGCAGAGGAAAGGGAGCCCU